AUGGCGUCUCCUCCAAUGAAGUCGCUUGGGCUCGUCCUUUUGGCCUUGUUUCUGCUCUCACAGGCAGCUCCAGCUUAUGGGGCUCGCAGUCUGGCCCGUGGUGCAGUGGACAACCUCGUGUCAAACUUGCCUUCAUGGAUGAUGCCAAGGUCCCUGUGCAUCCCCACAGUGUCUUCCUGGGUGGAGAAGCAUGAGGGAAGGCAUCGUUGUGUGUAUGAGAACGAGCAGGGCGAUAAGGCAAUUGGUGUGAACUACAACCUUGAAGACGACCGCUCAGCAAGAAAGAGCGAGUUGAAGACGGUUCUGGCGGACUAUGAGAAGGUUCUCAAGGGCGAGCAGUGCCUUAACGAUGUACAGAUUAGCGCCCUCCUACUUGCUGACACAAAGCGCAAGCUGGACGAGGUUGCUGAGACAGUCCAUAAGCUGGACGAUCUCUGCUGCGACAUUCAAGCAGUUCUGGCUGACCUAGACUGGUCUAUGGGCCAGAAGGGGCUUGAUGACUCUGACUCUUUCUUGAAGGAAACUGAGAACGGUAACUGGGAAGAUGCCGCAACAGCACUUCGUGCUACUAUCUGGUGCGUUAGCCACAAGAAGCGCUGCGAUGCUGAUGUGGCCAAGAUUGAGAAGGGCUGCAGCAAGGGGUUGAACCUGCCCGACUUUGUGCAUACGACCUACUCUCAACAGUAG